CUCCGCUGGGCGCCGCUCACAGCCGCCGCUGCGGCCUCCCGCCUCCCAAAUCGGGUGCGGGGGCGUCCGCAGGCUCACAAGGGCCUCCUGACCUAGCAGCUAAGACUGCCCCAGACCUCCUACCAUGUACCCCAACCCUCUCAUCUACUGCACCUGCUGGGACCCCUGGAACUUGGGGCCACGGAAGCUAAUCAAGACCCCUCAGCCAUCAAGAAAGACCUGCACACAGAAGACCAAGCUAGCUCCUCUUCCUCCGGCUUCAAAAAAACAAAAUUAUGUCCAACCACCAACAAAACCUGCUGUCCCCCCAAGAGUGAAAAUCCGUUUAGGAAAAAAAGAGGAGAGCACUAGUUUACCUUCUGAAGUGAUCAACGUGAGCCCCGGCUAUCGCCUCUUUCGAAAUAGGGAGCAGAUUUCCGUCACCUUGGGAGAUGAGAUGUUUGGUAGGAAAAAUCAUUUGAAAUCAGAGAUCAUGGACAAAAUCAGCACUCACAGGACUGAUAUCAUUACUGACCUAGAAGAGCAGAUCUCAGAUCUGACGAUGAUAAUAGAGCAAAUGAACAGAGACCACCAGUCUUCUGAAACAAAGCUCUCCAAUGAAAUGGAAAAGCGCUGUGCUGAGAUGAAGCAGGACUUUGAAAACAAGAGCAGGGAGCUCAAAGAGGCUCACGCAGCAGAGCUCAGUGAGUUGGAGAACAACUACAAAGCAGCCUUAAAGGAAGAGAAGUUGGCUUCCCAAGAAAAACUAGAGGAGAUGGGAAAGGAAUACAAGUAUUUGAAGAAUAUGUUUUAUAUGUAUCAGGACAGCCUUUAUGAUGAAAUGGAAGAUAAGUGGACAAAGAAGAAGGCAGAAUGGGAGAAGAAUGAGAAGUUAGAACGGGAAAAGAUCCUACUACAGCAAAAAAAUAAGAUGACAAAAAAGUUUGAGUUAGAGACGGAAGAAGAAAAGAAAAAAUUAAGUGACUCCUACAGUGUUAUCUUUGAGAACUUCACUCGAGAGAAGGAGGAGCUCUUGAUACAACAUGAAAAUAACACCUCACAAUUACAGGAGCUAAAAAAGGCCAAAGAGGUCAUAGAGGAAGAGUUGCAUGCACAAGCUGUUAUCCUAGAAUCACUGAACACCACCCUCUACCAAACCCAAAUGGAACUCCAGAAGGAGAAAUCUGCAGCGGCAAAUCUGGAGAAAACAUUCCAGUCCAAGCUUGCUGAAGCUGAAGAGAAGUUUAAAUUCACUAUACAGCUCCUGAGAGAAGAAAACAUUCAUUUGAGGCAAAAGAUAAAUGCCAAGAAUGGAGGAACUUAUGAAGAACGAUCUAGAAGGUCAGCCUGUAUUACUAUUUAUGAAGAUGAUUCUGAGACUUCAGAAGACGGUAGCAAGAAAAGACAUGAAUUAUGAGCAGAAAGGUUGUUCUCCAUCAUCUGAGUUGGUAGGAAUACCAUCUCUGUAAGCCUAGAGCACUCCUGUGAAGUUUUUUUGAGAAAUGCAUAUGAUGGGUUCUUGAUUCUAUUUCAUCUUUUCACAAUUUGCUUUCUUCUGAGUGGUUGGGAAUGUUUGAAUUCUUAUCUCAGUUACAUAGAUUUUAUUUUUUCAUGACUUUUCAUUGAGAAGUGUUAUGCUCUGUAGCUAGAGCUGAGCUUUCUCUGGGUGUACGUACUAUUUUCUCUUCCACCUUUACAGAUUUUAUUAUGAAGACAUUGAUCUGAAAAUUUUCUUCCUAUAAAAUGUUAACUAUAUUUGGACUAUACCUGGGCAUUUAGUUAUCAAGAAAAAAAUUAUUGGUUUGAUUUCAAAAAUCUUUCUUUUUCAUAUGUGUCCCCACUCUCACCUCUCAAUCACAUUCCCUAACCUGUGAUUUAGGAAGAGUUCUGAUAAUUCUUGCCAGAUUCUC